CUCUUGUAUAAUUGUUCUGUGUUUCGCCGCGCUACUGCGUUAUUCGGUCUGCCCCAAUGCCUCCCCAAUGCAGAGCUUUCGAGCUCUCAGACCCGACGGCGAAGACGCCAUGCGACAAGCCCGCAACAUCCUCCGACGGUCGCCUGUGCGGAUUCCAUGCUAGGCAGUGUCACGCGUUGUACAAGGGAUACAAGAGGAGGAAUGCCCAACUCGACAAUCUAGCCAACUUGAUGCCAGCAUAUCUGGCCAGUACUAAAACUGCCCUUGUCAACCAGAAUUUCGAGGAUGUCGAUGCCGAAAGUACACUAAGAGAGCUGCACAGCUACCUGUUCAAGAAACAGAACAUCCUCUCGUCCGUCAUUCGUGGAAGAAAGCUACAUCACAGCCAUUUCUUCGCCGUCGAUAUGGAUUACGGCCAUGAGAAGUAUUUAGCCCAACUGCAGAAGGAGAAGCAUACGAUCGCACGGGCUCUAGAGAGGCUCGGACGGAGGACUGCUGAGAUUCUUUACGCCAAGCGUUCUUGGUUUCAGUGGGUCCGCCAAUGUCAGGAUGAUGAGGAGGCUCAGCGCGAGAACGAGAGCAAGAAAGUGAAAUUAGAAGCACAGCUGUUCAGGCGGCAUCAAAAGGAGGUAACGCGGCAUCAGAACGAGGUCAGGGCCAGGGAAAAUCAGAAGCGCGCAGAGGCGUUCCUAAAUGAAGUAUACACGCAGAGACUCUCUGAAAUGACCGAAGCGGAACAAGAAGAAUGGGAUCCAGUUCAGGAUGUCGCUGAGGAUGAGCGGGGCAGCUACAUCGAUCUCAUCAAGUACUUUUUGAUGCUGAAGGAUUCAGAUUCAGAAACCACUGAGGCAACCAAACUCAAGCAAGCAGGCAACAGCAACCGCACUGAAAGUGCACCUGCGAACCCAGAGGCUCCCAAAAUAUCGAAAGGUGCGAAAAAGAGGGGGAAAAAGAGCAUGGCGGAUCCCUCGAAAACAGACCCUGUGAAGACGAAUCCUGCAAAGGCGAAUCCACGAUCCGGAAAAACGAACAGCACGACCGCAGAGACGGGCACAGGGGGUGGUGCUAGUAACAUCGAAAUGGAAACCCAGGCCCAGAUCAGAAGUCGGCUGAGGGAAGGCGUUAAAUAUUAUCGCGAAAAGGGCAUGUAUAUUGCCGGCACCAUUGACUCUCCGCUCAAACUGAUAGAAAAAUCGGCUCCUAUGCCCGACAACGAAAUUGAUCGCCUUCUCCAGGAUAUUGCCCAGAUCAAGACGUUGCUGUUCUGUCGAUUGCUACUAUCCCAUGCCAAACUUUUACCAGUGGCGUUACGGGUAGACAGUAUCGAAGAGUUUUUGAAUGACGCGGAAGUCACGCUGGAGGAUUUACGAGAUCUCUGCCUGAAAGUGGAGCAGCCCGCGCUUCAGGAAGUCCGAGAUGCGUGCGCUGAUUUUGCGAGAGGGGAUGAGGAAGAGGGUAGUCAAGAAGACGAUAAUACAGUAGAGGAAGAGGGAGACGAAGAUGAAACUAGCUAUGGGUAUCGUCCUCGAAAAGUAGCAAAACGUGAUCGCUUAGGUGUUGGACAUGUCUACCAAACGAAAAGGGAAAAGGCAAUGAUCAAGAAGCGACAAGAAGACCAAAAGAUCUCGGGCCUGGAUGAUCCAGGGGCAUUCAUUGACUUUGGCAUAAUCACCGACGAAGGCAAAUUCAGCAAAAAGAAAAUGCGCAUCAAGAUCUGUGGCCAUUAUAUCCACAAUUACCCGAGCGAGAAAGCCAUGAGCAGAGGAGGCUGGUUCCAUUUCUGCGUCAUCGCGAAAGACUCCGAUUUGUUUGACGCCAUUACUCUGUGCCGGCAUUGGGACGAGUUCUACGAGUUGAAUGUCUUGGCCACAUACCAUUACUUUCCCGGUACCAAUUGGAUGACGUGGGUUGGUGAUCGCUUGAGAAAUCAAUUGAUGACUUUGGGCUUCAUCCCGUAUGUCCAGAACGACGCCGCGGACGAGUACACAACGUACUAUCAGUCACCACGACGUCAAGGCCGACGAUCGCAUCAUGUUGCGGAGAUGAGAAACUUUAUCUGCGGCCAUGUCAAGCGUAACGAUGCAGCGAGCCGCCGGCUCAUACAAUACCUUUCAAUGGAGACAUCACAGGUUAUUGUUCUUGUCCGUGACGCGAGGACUGGCCGCGUACUAGUCACACCUCCAGAUGAUCAACUUUGGCUAGUCCGCGAAAAGAUGGGGCUUGGAAGAGCUUCAAAGAACGACUACCACGUGCUCCGAUCUGUUGGUCCCGAGUUCUUUGAAGAGAUGGAUGGCUAUCGACGAUGGCAUUUUGGAUUCACGGACUACUAUGAUAUCUAUCUCUGGGAUGCCGAAGCUGGCGAGCCAUAUCCUCGCUUGUACAACAAACUUCGUCAAAUGCUGCUUAAAGCACAGCGCUGCAUUACACCUCUCGAUUACUUCAAAUUGGCAGGCCCAGUCAUCAAGACUCUGACGAGGGACCGAUCAACGAUGAGAGCACGUACGAUCAAGCCCGGUGAAGUUGUACAGAGCAUCUGGGAUGAGAUUCACCACCCUGAAACGCGCAUGCGAGCCGUGGAUCUGAACGGCCGGGAGGUAAACAUUGAGGACUCUCUGAUGAGUUAUCUCUACAAUGAGGCAGACGUACUUGAGGACCAAAUUCUAUUCCCUGAAGAAGUCUUACAAAACAGGAAGAACGAGUUGUUUAGGGAUAACCCAAGUGAAAUACAAAAAUUUGAGCGCGGGCCGCCCGGCGACAUUCGAAGAUUUGUCUACGACUUGGAUACCGACGAUGAAUUGUCCGAUGAUGAAGAUCAUCUUAGGAUCACGGAGGGGCAAUCUCUGUCAUGUUCCUCUCAAGAAGGAGAUCCGAAAGAAGACAACGACGACGAGUGGACUGACGAGAGCGAUGAAUCGUCCAUGGGCGAGGACCAAGAAAAGGCCCUGAUUCGUUUUGAAUAUGAAUUCAAGGAGUCUCUUGCUAAGGGUGUUAAGGAAGAUCGCAUGCGAGAUCUCGCGAAACCACUGUUGGACGCCACAAUUCGCUGGCCAUCCGCUGAUACUAGCAUGAUCGACGCGGAUAUGAUGGCGAUAAUGCGAUUAAGCCUUAGUAAGACUGACAAAGACUACAGCGAUACCAGUGAAGAGACCAUGAGGAAAGAGUGGAUGCGAUUCAUGGAUCGCGAAAAGUCUAAGAUUUUCAAGGACUGUUGGCACAAGGCUGAUUUAUCGCCCGGUGCCGCUGAAAAUUACGCAGAACUCCUAAAAGUUGUUAGAAAAGCGGACGAUUACUUGAUGUCUAAGAUCAACAUGGGCCCGUACGAGAUGCUGGCAUUCAUGGGAAUGGCCUCUAAAAUCACACAGCAUCGCCGCAUUAUCCCCGACGCCUUCCAUGCAUACGCUGCAAUCUGCAUGUUUUCCGAGACGACAGAUUUCAUUACUUUUGCCUCAGAGAGUUCUGGCCUAGAUCUCAGUGAAUCGUUGCUGCUAAAGCAAGCCGAACGAGCAAAGCAUCCACCGAGCAGGAGAACAUAUAGGAGCAAUAAGACGAUUGACAAGGACCUUUUCAAAGCUUGGGACGAUCUUUUGAGGGUCAAUCGGAAGAAGCCUGGCCAGGCUGUCGAUGAUAUUUACCCUCUAGAAUGGGAUAUCGCCGUCAGGCCUAUUGUGGCGAAUCUCUACAAAGCAGGCGUAAUCGCCAAUUCGUACGCCGAAUUUGUCUCCGGCCAGGCCGUGGCCAUCGCUGAGCCCUCUCGUCCUAUGGAUCUUUACAUUGACUGGCGCCUCGACCUUGCUUUGCUGACGCUGUCAAGUUCUAGGCCCAUUAUUCCUGAUCAUCUUGAAGAUCCUACCAAACUCACGCCAGAAACGCUGCUCGACCGUGCCAGCAAAUUUGCGGCAUCGAACCCCGGUGCCCGAUUCUCUUUAUUGCGUCUGUGGUCGGCACCGCACUUCUACCCUCUCAUGAUCGGCUAUGACCGUCGCGCGUCCACGACUUUCUUGGACUCUGUGGGGCGAUCUUGGGAAUGGAAGUUUAUACCAAAGGAUAUGCCCUGCUCGGAGUGGAGUAUCCAUAACUCUGCAAAAAUGCGAAUUGACCCAUACAAGCGCCAGCUCGGCGAUCAGGUGGUCCUGAAGAGGGAUCUGUACCUUGUUAUGGGGAAGGACGAGGCGGAUUGCAGGUUGCGGAGUGCUGGGGUGACGUGGGCAGUGCAGACGGAACCCUGGCGACUGGAAGUGGAUUUCUGGCGGAGCUUUGUUGGGGUCGAUCUGAAGUUCUUGGAGGGUCUGGAUAGGGAGUGGUUGGACUAG